GGGUGCGUAUGUCAAUUGUCACCCGCCAACUUUCCAUUCGCACCAUUAAUUUCUGACUGACUCCUCCAUCGAUCUACUCUUACGAAGAAGAAAAAGACGAUGAGAAGCUCAGGUAGCAAUUACAGAAAUCAGAGACCUAGUUCCGACGGAAGAGGACAAAGGACACCGGAUUUUUCGGAUAUCUCUCGGAGUCCCAUAAACCCGAAUACGAAUUCAGGUGGGAAUGGUCAAAAUCCAGUUAAGACAGUCGCCAAAUCAGUCGUCGCAGCUUUUAGUUCUUGUUUCUCACCUCCUGAGCCGAAAUCUGAUACUUUCUUUGAUGAAUCCGAUGUUCAUACAGCUUCUUCUGCUGCGUCUGAUAAACUCGGGUCUGGAACUGAUGAAAAGCCUAAUUCCCGCCGAACAAUUUUAAACUACUCAUACAGAUCGACCAAGACCACAGAACCUGGGAGUGCAAAAUUCACCAUGGCAGAGAUCUACAAGGCUACAAGGAACUUCUCUCCUUCACUCAAGGUUGGACAAGGUGGGUUUGGGACAGUUUACAAAGGAAAACUCGAUGAUGGCACCCUAGUUGCAGUUAAACGUGCAAAAAAGAGUGUGUAUGAGAAACACUUAGGUGUAGAAUUCCAGAGUGAGAUACAAACUUUGGCGAAGGUAGAACAUUUAAAUCUGGUUAGAUUGCAUGGAUAUUUGGAGCAGGGUGAUGAGAGAAUUGUUGUUGUCGAGUAUGUUCCUAAUGGAACCCUUAGAUCGCACUUGGAUUGCAUUAAUGGAAUUGUCCUCGACUUUGCAAUUCGACUAGAUAUAGUAAUUGAUGUUGCUCAUGCAAUUACCUAUCUCCAUAUGUAUACUGAUCACCCUAUAAUCCACAGAGACAUCAAGUCUUCCAACAUCCUUCUCACCGAAAACCUUCGAGCCAAGGUAGCUGACUUUGGGUUUGCCCGAUUAGCUGCUGAUACUGAUAGUGGAGCAACUCAUGUAUCCACUCAAGUUAAAGGAACUGCUGGCUACUUAGACCCAGAGUACCUACAAACCUAUCAACUGACGGAGAAGAGUGAUGUUUACUCUUUUGGAGUGUUGUUGGUGGAAGUAGUCACUGGUAGGCGUCCUAUUGAACCUAAAAGGGAGCUUAAAGAACGGCUUACUUCAAGAUGGGCGAUGAAGAAAUUCAAUGAAGGAGAUGCAGUUCUAACAAUGGACCCUAGGUUGCACCGUAGUGCAGCAACUAGCCUAGCAGUAGAGAAGAUAUUUGAGCUAGCUUUCCAAUGCUUGGCCCCAACAAGACAAAACCGCCCAAGCAUGAAGAGAUGUGCGGAGAUCCUCUGGGGCAUCCGGAAAGAUUUGAAAGAGCAUUCGGCUUUUGAUUCCCGUUCAUUCUCCUCUCAGUCCCAGACGAGUUCUUCAAUUAAAGAAUAAUAAUUGUCAACUCAGAGCUCUCAUUAGUUUUAUAAUAUUGUUCUUACCCAAACAAAAAUUGGGCCUCCUGUAAAUGAUUAUAUAGUGAAGGAAUGGUGUGAAUCAAGAUUUCUCAAGCUUCGGUUCCUGUUGUAUUAACGAUUCUUUGCUAGGUUUUGGAAGGUUAUGUCCUGAAAGUUAUUUGUUCGUUUUUGGUCUCAAUUAAGACCGUUGCGCAUGAACAUGUAUAGUGUGUAAAAUGAAAAUUUAAGGUCAGCAGCUGUUGUUGCGGCAUUCUUUUGUCGGUA